GGGAUCCGCCUCACAUCCCGCCGGAUCUGGGGACGGGCUGGGCUCGCGACGCGGUUCCCAUGAUGGCAACGACAAGGGGUCCGGCGGUGAGGUGUCACUAGUAGUGAGACGGAGACAGCGGGACGAUGGCUCGGAGGUCUUUGUGGCCGGCGAGGUCAGGCCUGGAGCUGCGGCUCCUGCAAGGGGCGGUGCCCCGGCGGCCGCGUUGCAAGGAGGCAUGCUGGAAGCAGCGAGGAGGCGGGUCAAUGCGCCGGCUAGGGCGAUGCGUGCGAGGAAGGCGCGGCUUGAGGGAGCUGGGGGCUUGGGCAGCGCUCGUCGCGCAGAUGCUCACAAGAGCUCAGGCGCGCGAGCUGCAUCAGUGUGAGAUCGACAGAACAGGUGGUGGAUCCAGGCGCUCUAACCCACCUCGGGAUGCCAGUUCCAAGUGACCUUGCUCUUCAGAUGCACUCGAGGGAUCAUAGGCUCCGAAGCACAAUUUCAAGCGACCCACUCACAAGAACAAGACAAACACUGUUGAUUGGGAUGCUAUGCCACAUGCUAAGUUUCAGCUUCUCCGAAAUAUCAACCCCUAUGACAGCGCUAGGGUUCAGUUCCCCGGAGGUAAAAUGUUGUGGUCUAAGCAGCAAGCUCUUAUUUAUGAAGAAGUGAUCAAGACCUAGAAGAAUUUCUAUGUGUCGGUUCAGUGGAUAAACAUGCAACAUCUCAAGAAGGACCCGACAUACUUUCGUGAAGCUGUGGCCAUGGUGGAACAGCUUGAGAUUGCGGAGCUCUUCACAUUUCACAUUGACUUUGAUCCUGAGAUAGUGGCUCGGUUCUUUGUUACUGUCCACUUUCACUCUGAGGAGGAGUGCACUAUGUCUUGGAUGACCAAUGGGGAGAGGUUGUCUGCUACUUGGAAGGAGUUUAUGGACCUUCCGAAUAUCCGUGAUGAGGGGCUUGAGCACCUAGUUGGUUUGCGCCCACACGCUAAGCAAACUGCUACAGCUAAGGAGAAGUUGCUGCCCUUCUUUAUUGAGAAGAUAUCCCCAUCUCGUGAGGUAUCUCACGUGUUGAACCCAUUCCUUGAUGUCAAGCACUGUAUCUUUCGCAACACUCUUUUUCCACGCGUUGACAACGAGGACCAGGUGCAUUCAUACCUGGUGGAUAUGCUUAUGAUGUGUCAAAAAGGGUGGACUCGUUCCUCGGGACCACUUGAUGUAUCUCAUGUCAUGUGGAGUGAGCUUCAGUUGGCAGUCUUCCACCGUAAGGUACCAAUCUAUGGCCCUUAUGUGUUUGACCUGAUCAAGAAGAAGUGGGCGGAGGCCUUCCCAGCUAUUGAGUUCCAUGCUCCCGGGAGGAUUCGCCAUGAGUCUAUUAAGCUGCGACACAAGAGCAAAUGGGCCAACACCACCACUACACCUGUUGUUGCCACUGUGGAUUCUGAUAAGGAUGAGGCCAUUCCAGAGUCACAUGUGACUUCCUCUGCUGAGCCAUCUUGGGCCAAGAGGCUCACGGACCAGAUCAAGACCUUGUUCUGCAUGCAGGAGAAGGGGCAGUACAUGAUUCGUGUUGCUUAAAAGGAGAGUCGUCAGCACAACAAGCUGAUUAUGAGGAAGCUCGACAUGCACAUCUCCAGUGGGUCUGAGCAAGACAUCACUCCUGAGGCUGCUUGGAUGAAAAAGAACAAUCUUUAGUGGGCUGAGUCUAACAAGGAGUCUGAGGAGGAGACAGAAGACAAGACUGAUGAGGAGUAUGUUGAGAAGUCCGACGGCUGAGUCCUCUACAGUUCGAGCUACCACAUGUGUCGUAGGUGUCCUCUCUGCCUUUUUGGUGUCCCGAUGCCAAAGGGGGAGAGAGUGUAGGAUUUGUGAGUUUCCUCAUUUUCUAUGUUCCUUUAUUUGUUGAACUUUCGUUGCUACUUUGAUUGUCUUUGCUUUGUGUGUGAGACCAGGAGUCGUCGUACUUUAUCAUAUGGUGUGAGACAUAUGAUAUCACUCCUCUUUCUUUAUUGUCUCAUUAUUAUCCAGUUUAUUAGUACCUUGUGAGUCUAAUUAUUUUGUGCCCUUA